AUAUACUCCAGCUUGCCAAAUAUUUCCAGCAGAAAAGUAUCACUUGUGGUAUUACAUAUGACAAAAGUGACUCAUUAUCUUUUGCAGAGUAUGCUUUUAAAAGUGGAGGAAACGCAAGCUGGGGCACUGCCUCUGGUGGAAGAAGUCCUUCCGGACAUCUUCGGCAAGAACGACGGGCUGUUCAUCCGGGUGAAAGUGAAGGACUACCUUUUCGACGGUCUCAAGAUGUGCGAAAAUGGCGGCAAGGGCGGCGAUUUCACAGCCGGGUUGGUUUGCAAGCAGGUCAUGGCACAAGUGGAUAACGCGAAGAAUAUGAGAGUGGAGAAUAAUUCGGUACUCUUCGCCAAUUUGCAUUAUAAAAACAAUACACAUUUGGGCAGAUUCACUAUAAAAGCCGGCAUCAAAAAUCGCGAACAAACGGCUCAUCUAGUUAGUUACAAUAACCAAUCGUACCUUUCUGUUUGGCAAGGGGAAAAAUCUAUUUGCAAUAAAAUAGAGGGAUUGAUGACUACAGUAUUUCCUGUGAAUAUAGAAAAAGACAUGGUUUUCGAAUCAUUUGCUGAGGAUAUCUGUAGGAGAAUGUCACUAACUUAUCAAAUGGAUGAGACAGUGAAAGGACUCGUGGGAUACAAAUUCACUGCGAAGAAUGAUUCUUUCAGCUCGAAAAACAAAAAUAAUUCCUGCUAUUGUACCAAUAAGAGUAAGCUACUACAUGACGAGAUGGGAUGUGUAAAAGAUGGGAUAACAGAUUUGUCAACAUGCACAGCCAAACAGUCUAGUCAAGACCGAUACACGAGUGAUCACUUCACUCACGAUACGAUGCUACUCGCGUUAUUCAUCCUUGACUUAGUGCUCAUCCUAACAGUAAACGCUAAAGUGUACGACAGGUGCGAGCUAGCAAAAGAACUCAGACAAGUGCACGGUUUCCCAGAGAACCAAAUAUCAACCUGGGUUUGCAUAGCUCAGCACGAAUCGUUGUUCAACACGUCUGCCACCAACCAUGGCAGUGGCGACCACGGUUUAUUCCAGAUCUCGCAGAUCUACUGGUGUUCACCACCUGGCUAUGGAUGCAACGCCCCUUGCUCUUCCUUCAGAGAUGACGACAUCACUGAUGACGUCAACUGCGUUAAGAAGAUCUUCAGAGAACACACAAGGAUCUCUGGUGACGGCUUCACCGCCUGGACAGUUUACCAGCUGUACUGCAAAGGAGACACCACUAAAUACAUUGGAGGUUGCUAUGACAGUUACAUAGAUAACUCUAUCAAUAAUGUUAUUGACACUGAUGUUGAUACUCGCCCAAUAGAGGAGGAUGAUGAUGGGUAUGAAUUUCCGGCAUUGCCUAGUAAACCUAAAGUGUAUGAUCGCUGUGAGCUAGCCAGAGAGCUGAGAAAUAUUCAUAGAUUCUCUAGUGAACAAGUUUCUAAGUGGGUGUGCAUUGCUGCACAUGAAUCCAGCUACAAUACGUCAGCUCUUGGUAGAGGAGACCAUGGUAUCUUUCAAAUUUCCGAGCUGUUCUGGUGUUCUCCCUUUGGUAGAGGAAAUGGAUGCAACGCUGAUUGCGCUUCCUUUAGAGACCAUAAUUUAGCUGAUGACAUAACUUGCGCGAAAGCUAUUUACGACGAGCACACUGGUAUCUCAGGAGAUGGUUUCAAUGCCUGGGCAGUGUAUCCUUUGUUCUGUAAAGGUGAUACCAGUAGGUACGUUGAUGACUGUUUCGAAACAAAGGAAAACCACUAUCCAACGACUGGAAAUACUAACGGAUAUGUAUUUCCACAAACUCUUAGCAAACCGAGAGUUUACAGCCGAUGUGAACUAGCCAUGGAGCUCCAAAACGUCUAUAAAUUUCCGAAGGAACAGAUAUCAAAGUGGGUGUGCAUUGCUGAGCAUGAAUCCAGCUACAAUACUUCAGCUCUAGGUAGAGGAGAUCAUGGUCUCUUCCAAAUCUCGGAGCAGUAUUGGUGCUCACCCAUUAGAAGAGGACUUGCAUGCAAUGCUAACUGUGCUUCCUUCAGAGAUAAUAAUAUUGCAGAUGAUAUAAAAUGUAUAAAGAUGAUAUACGAGGAGCACACGGCUAUAUCAGGUGAUGGGUUCGAUGCUUGGGCAGUGUAUCCUCUUUACUGCAAAGGAGAUACCAGCAGGUAUGUGAGUGGAUGUUUCGAAGAUGAUGAACAUGAUGAUGGGUAUCAGUUUCCACCAUUGCCAAGUACGCCGAGUAAAGUUUUGGAAAAUCUCAUUGAUAGUGAUGAAGAUGAUACCUAUGAAUUUCCACCUCUUCCUAGCUUCGCAAAAAUGAAUAGAGGCGAGUACAACAGGAGAGACUACGACACGAUUUCACUCAGCGUCCCCUCACCUAUCAGGACUAGGAUUUAUUCCACUGAACCAACAAUUGGAACAUAUUCUUCGAUAAGGUCUCCGUUCCUCAAUGAACGAACUACUGAGGUACAAUUCCAUAUUUUUCCUACUUCCCCUUCACCUAGAGCUAGACAUCUGACAUUUAGACCUUUUCCAACUCGAGCUUCUACAACAUUGAGACCUAGAGGCAGUAGACCUCGACCUCCAGUACCAGGGGGGAAUUUGGGAAGGCCUCCAAAGCCUCCUGGUGGAAUAGCGCGUCCAUUGAGACCUUCGAGUAACACGACAAGACCUAGUAGGCCAACUCCUAGACCUCCACCACCACCUCCAGCAGGACCCAUCUUCACACUAUGGCCAACAUCUACGACUAGUCCGGUGGCGACCUCUGUGUACGGGAUUCGUCCAAAACCUCCGAGUGAACCAGAAACACAAGAAAAAUUUGGUGGUGCGCUCAGAACAACCACUAGCCGUAUUUCUGUUCAAAGAAGUAGAGCGGCUAAGAAAGUUUUGGAUCAUUUUCCUGGUGGCCCAGUCAUGGUAUCCUUUCCACAUUUGCUGUAUGCUGAUAAGGAAUAUUUGGGAAGUGUGGACGGUCUACAUCCAGAUAGAUUGAAGCAUGAAUCUUUCGUUAUUCUAGAGCCUUUGAGUGGUUUUCCUUUGAGUUUGGCUCAACGUGUCCAAUUCAACAUUUUCCUAAGGCCAAUCGAGAGUUUGGUGAUCAUGGAGAAUGUCAGCAGAGCUUUAUUCCCUCUGAUUUGGAUAGAAGAGACGCUCCUACUUGAUGAUAAGUUCACCGACAUGCUCAAGAACAAUCUUCACAAGACUCUGAAGAUAUUGAACAUCAUCACAUGGGUCGUCAUCACUUCUGGAGCAGCAUGCAUUUUGUUCACCAUUUCUUUCGUGCUAUACAAAAAUGUUUCUUGAUUAAGAGAUCAGCAAGUAACAUUCUUCAAUUAGACCAGGAGAAAUGUGGUUUAUUAUGAUUAGAAUAGGCGAGUGGACUAAUUUUGUUUAUUUCUUAAAGAUAAUCAUCACUCAAAUACCUUUCAAUUUCAUAUGUUUUCAGAAUUUUUCGGUCUAUUUUUAGGUGCUUAAAUCAUCAAUAAUGCCACGGUAAUUUUCAAACGAAUAGAAAUUUACCGCGAGUACAAACUGAUUUCGUAAGUAGGGGCAGACCAUAGCACAGUUGAAAUGUGUUGAAAAACGAUUGAAAACUUCAGAAAUAUUAGUUAUUCAAACAUUCAUAAAUUCUCAAUUAUGUAUUGGUAAUAUUCCUUAUUAGCAAAACACAAUCAAUUGUUUCAAAAUGUUCCCUCACGAUUUGUGGCUUGUUGCUUAUGAUACAUUUGUAUAAAUAGUAAUCAUAUCAAUUCACACUAGAGUACAUUUGAAGCGGUGAACGUGACAACACGGCGCGCACGACUUGUGGGCGUGGUCUGGCCCUUCUUCUCAGCAUUCAGCACAAUGUUGCCAAGUCUCAACAUCUACAUGAUAUUUUGUUAUGGAAUAUAAGAAAUAUUUGGAUACGCUGGUUGCUCGAAGAAGUCAAGAAUGAACUAUAAGAUCAUGGGUUCCUCCUAUUACUAUGUUUUAUUCAACGACAGGACUCUUACAUCUUUUUGCUAACUUGAUUAUAAUUGGUGACUUGACAACCUUGCUUCGUGAGUGGGAAUGGAAGAUUAUCUGACCAAUAACGAAACAGCAUAAAAACUGACGUCACCAUUUAUUCCACGUAUCGCCAAAUGGUGGCCAUGACGGUACGAUUGAAAUGCGCUCCGAAAUUCAACAAUUUCGAAAAACGCACACACUCAUUAUUUACCUAAAAAAGUGUGAGAAGUGUUGGAAAAAUUAAUUUAUAGGUCCCUUACGACACAGUGGAGUAAUUGAAUGCCAAUAAUUCCUCAAGUCCACUCGCCCAUUGUAGGUAGUUGUUUGAAAUUAUAUUACACAUAUGGAUGUUGAUCACAGAAAUUUUCGUUUUUUGUAGGAAUUGUCAUAUAGAUAGAUUAGGUGUACAUGCAUAUUAUUCUUGUGUGGUAUUUGAGGACUGCUCGCAUUUCACACCAUUUAAUUCAUUAUAAUAAAUAGAAAGGUACACUUGUAGGUAUUUCUGCUCACAUAAUGUAAUAGAUUAGUUGUAAGUAGGUAUAUUCGAUACAAUUCUAGAAAAAGAAAACAGACGAAUAAAAUUUUGUUUCAGC